UGAAACGUAAAAAUUACACUAUCAGCUGUUUUCAUCAACGAUAGCAGUAUCUAUGUUAGGCUGCAAUCAAGGAAUUAUCGAUAAUUAGUUAAAUUGCGGUGAAAACAAUUUAAAAAGUUAUCGAAUAUUUUAGUUGUUUGCUUGUUUGUGUUUUUUUUUAUAAAUAUUUUUAAGCAAUGUGGGCGCCAAGUAAUGAAGAAACUUAUUUUGCAAGCAUGGAUGCCACCAAAAACGUUGUACACAUAAUGCCCUGUGUGGAGAUGAUGGUCACCUUUAGCGGGGAGCGAGAAGCCUUGCGCUUGAAAAAAAGCUUGUGUACUGUACGCUGAAAGAAUUGACUUCAAGGAGCUGAUCCAACUGCGAUUAACUGAAAAAUGCGAUCAGCGACGUAUGUAUAUAACCACCGUGGACAACGCAUCCUUUCACAUACUAAAACAGGAUCAAUCAUUGAAUGUCACCUUCGCGGGCUUCAUGGAAAAUGUGAUACGCAUGUUAAAGGACUGCCAGGCUGGUAAACUGGAGCUCUGCCUCUCCCAACGCAACGAUGCAGCUUCAGGCGUCGAUCAAUCCAAUCAGGACUAUCUGUUGCAGUUCGUCGAGAUUAGAUCGUUUAAAAAUCUGGUGCAUCUAAGCCUGCCUUGCCGUGUGGCACCAUUGAACACAGUGCUCUUCUACAUCAACAGCAUGCUUGAGGUGGCACACAAGCAGUCUUACAAGCUGGAGCAGAACACGCAACAACUACAAAUGGAAUUGCAAUCACAACAAGCACACAUCGAUCAACUCAGUUCGGACAACGCAAAAUUACGUGAAGCACUGCUGGAGAACACACGGCAGUUGGGCGAGAAGCACUCUACAGAAAUGCAACAAAUGCAGGACAAGCUGCAACAUCUAAAGGAGCAGCACAACAAUGAAGCCGAGCGGAGUCGGCGUACAAUUGCGGGACUUCAAGCGCAAUUGGACAGAGCGAUACAGCAAAAGGGAGAUGUAAAGGCGGCGCACGAGCAAGCGGAGCAACGUAAUCAAAGUCUCAACGAGGAGCUGGCGUGCUGCAAGACACGAAUCUCAACCCUGAAAGAGCAAAACGAUAAACUGCAUACUGAGCUGACGGCGGCCAAGAAGCAAGAGCGCAAGCUAGAGUACAAAAUCGAGGACUUGAAACAGCAUACAAGUGAGCUACAGGAGCACAUACAAAAGGGUCAUAAAGAAAAGGCAAACAUUGCUGCCGAAUUGGAAGCUGAGAAGAAAAUCAAUCACACCAAACGACAAGCUCUGGAAAUGGCCUCCAAUGAAAUCUCGAAAGCGAAUCAAAUCAUUCUAAAGCAAGGCCAAGAAAUGCUCAGUCAGAAAAAGACCAUCGCUUGGCGCACCGAGGUGGCGUUGCAACAGGAAAAAGCUAUUAAAGAGAAGGAUAAACUGCUGUGUCUACGUGAAAGCGAGCUUGAGCAUGAGCGUCAAACUUUGCAACAGCUGCGACAAGAAAUUCCACAACAGCUGCAAUCAAUGCGACACUUUGCCGACGGCUUGGAACAAAAAUACACGAAUCAAAUUGAAUCGCUCAAGCAACACUUGACAGCAGCGCGUGGCAAGGAAAAUCAAGGCCACAGAUCCAAUCGCAAAUAGUUAAGAAAGUUUUUUAUAGAAGAAUUGUUGUGUGU